UCCGGUUAGCCGGGUUAAAACAGCUGAGAUGUUUUCUUUUUGCAGUCAACUCCUCCAAGCGUAGCUGAGCUUGUCUAAAAAGGAUUUUGUGUGUAUAUAUUUGGCAGCAGCACUUUACAAUGGACGCUUUGCACAGACACCGCUCUCUUUACAAGGGGACGACCCCGCCGUGGAAGGAAGCCUACCGCAAACGCUGCGUCGACAGGCUCAAAAACAGCCGGUCGCGUUUGCUGGAGAAAUAUCGUCAGAUGGGCGAGAGCCAUCAGCGGUGCGGCUCCACGGCCUCCAUCAUCGUGCAGGAGGUGAUGGAGGAGGAGUGGAGCGCCCUACAGUCCGAGGACCGCGGCCUGCCCUCCCUGUGGCGGCCGGAGGCCAUGGCAGAGAUGUUCAGUGUCAUGAGGGAGUAUGAUGAGCUGGCAGUGCUGGAGGAAAUCCAGCAGGAGCUCAUGGCUCAAGAGCUGUCCAUUAUUGCAGAGUAUGAGAGGAAUCAGCAGUUUGAGGAGCAGUACAUAUCAUCUGUUGUUGAAGGGAUGGAAGAGCAGGAGAUGCAAAUUAUUUGCCCCAUAUGUCACAUGAACAACUUGAACAUCAACGCCCAUUUCACCUCCUGCCCCUGCGGACUCUACAUCAACACAAGGCAACGGAAUAUCACUCCCGAGGUGCUGCGUUGUCUUCUGGAGUCCAGAGUCUCGGAGCACAUGGAGGAAUGUCUGCACAACCCCGUCUUCUGUGCAGCUGCCAGCACCGACGGCUCUCCCAGCCUUAUGAUAAGCUGCAAGGUGUGUGACUACCUGUCCAUCGUUCUUUGAAAAACAGGUGCUGCUGUUGUGGGUGGUUUGUCUUGUUUUCAGGUGUUUCUGUGUUUUGUCAAAUAAAGGCUAUUUUUUAUAUUUGAUGUGUA